UGCACUGGCCAAAAUCUGUCAUUCCUAGGAAAGUGUGUCACAACUCACAUACUUUCUAUACCAACUAUAAAUAAACCACUCUUUUUCUAUGCAUAUCUUAUACAUUGGUGUGUCACAGAGUCACACUUGAAUAUCCGAGGAAAAUUCUUUUGCAUCCCCGUGUAGCUAUGGGUGGUUUCGACGAGCACAAGCCUACAAUGGCUAUGGUGGGGUUGCAAUUUUCUUAUGCAUGUAUUUCUCUCUUCACUAGAAUAGUUCUGGUACAAGGAAUGAGUCCCAGGGUAUUUGUAGUUUACAGGCAAGCCAUAGCAACUUUGAUUAUGACACCAAUAGUUUAUUUCUCAAGGAGAAACUCCAAUAUUAAGUGUUCUUUGAACUUGAGAAGCUUCUCUUUGAUAUUUUUGAACGCUCUUAUUGGUGUCACAUUGAAUCAGAACCUCUAUUUUGAGGGCCUAUACUUAGCAUCAACAUCAGUUUCAAGUGCGAUGAGCAAUCUUGUCCCCGCAGUUACCUUUGUACUCGCAUCUAUUCUUGGAUUGGAGAAGUUGAAUUUUGGAAGCAUGAGAACUAUUGCCAAGAUAUUAGGGACAAUCCUGUGUGUCAGUGGAGCAAUGUUCAUGGCAUUGCUUAAGGGGCCAAAGCUGCUUAAUGCUGAAUUACAACCAGAAAAUUGGCUGCUGGGUUGUCUAUUUCUCUUUGCAAGUUGUUGUUGCUGGGCACUAUGGCUGAUUUUACAGGUUCUAGUUUCAGAAAGCUAUUCUGACCACCUAUCUUUAUCAGCUUGGAUGUGUUUCUCAGCCACAAUACAAUCAGCGAUCCUUACACUAUUUAUAGAGCGAGACCCAAAUGCAUGGAAUAUACAUUCACCUCUUGAAGUUGCAUGUAUUUUAUUUACAGGAUGUAUAGGAUCUGGGCUUUCAUUCUUCGUUCAAGCAUGGAUCAUAUCAAGAAGGGGUCCACUCUUUUCUGCAAUGUUCAAUCCUCUGUGCACAGUUAUUGUGACCAUAUUGGCUGCUGCGUUUCUUCAUGAGAAGAUCUAUACCGGAAGCUUAAUUGGUGGAGUUAGUGUGAUUAUUGGUUUAUAUGCCGUGCUAUGGGGUAAAGCCAAAGACCUUGUUGAAAUCAAAGAAAACGCAAAUUUCCAGACUGAUGAGGCAAGUACCGUGAAGACCUCGGAAGUUGAUACUUCAGAGAAAACAAGUUGGAAAAUUGAUUUGGAGAAACCCCUUUUGACUGAUAAAGCAUGCAAUGUUGAUGAGAGUGGGAUAUGUAAGUAAAUAUAAAAAAAUAAAAAAUAAAAAAAGAGAAGAAAGAAAGAAAGAAAAUACCUUCACAUGCAAUGGUGUAUCGAUUAGCAUCGAAGAACAUGUUUGUGCAACUAUUGAUAGAUAAAACUUGAAGGAAAGAAUUUUGUAACAUUAAAAUGUGAAAUAAAAGAAAUAUU